AUGCCUACCGUCGCUGUCGAUAAGGCCGACCUGUUCGCCCUGUUGGGCAAGGAAUACACCACCGAGGAGUUCGACGAGCUCUGUUUCCAGUUCGGAAUCGAGCUUGACGAGGACACCACCGAAGACGUCAAGGGGACCGACGAAAGACCUCAACUGAAAAUCGAGAUUGGGGCCAAUAGAUACGACAUGCUCUGUAUUGAGGGGAUUGCUCAGGCCUUGAACGAGUAUCUUGGCCGGGUUCCUGCUCCAAACUACAGACUCACUCCGGCCACCACCUCGUUGACCGUGAAGAAGUCCACCGAACAAAUCAGACCGUACGCCUGUGCCGCGAUUUUGCGUGAUGUCCAUUUCACCCAGAGAUCGUACGAGUCUUUCAUUGCGUUGCAGGACAAGCUGCACACCAACUUGUGCAGACACAGAACUCUAGUUGCCAUGGGAACCCACGAUUUGGAUACCAUUAAACCUCCGUUCACGUACGAGGCUCUUAAGCCUUCCGAGUUCAAGUUUGUUCCGUUGAACCAGACCGUCGAGCUGGACGGUAACGGAAUCAUGGAGUUCUACGACAAGGACAGAAAUCUCGGCAAGUACUUGCACAUUAUCAGAGACUCGCCGGUUUACCCAGUGAUAUUGGACUCGGAGAGAACCGUGUGCUCGUUGCCUCCUAUUAUCAACUCCAACCACUCCAAAGUGACUCUCAACACCAAGAAUCUGUUCUUUGAAAUCACCGCCACAGACAAGACAAAGGCCGAGAUUGUCAUCAACCAGCUGGUGGCCAUGUUCUCCAGAUACUGCGGAGACAAGUUCACCAUCGAGCCGGUUGAGAUCAUCUCUGCUCACAACGGUGAGUCGCGACUAUGUCCUAAUUUGACAGAGAGAACUCUGGAUUGCGAGGUUCCGUACAUCAACUCGUGUCUUGGACUCCAGCUCUCCCCAGAGGAGGUUUGCAAGCUGUUGGCCAAGAUGUCUGUCCAGGCCACUCCUUCCAAGACCGAUAAAGACAUCAUUGUGGUCAAGAUUCCAAUCACCAGACCGGACAUCUUGCACCAAUGUGAUGUGAUGGAGGACUGUGCUAUUGCUUACGGAUACGACAACCUCAAGAGAUCCACUCCCAAGACUGCUGCUACGGUGGCCCAGCCAUUGCCGAUCAACAAGAUUGCAGACAUCCUGAGAAUCGCUUCUGCGCAGAGCGGGUGGCUCGAGGUGAUGCCGUUGACAUUGUGUUCGCAUGAUGAAAACUUCAAAUUCCUAAACAAUCUAGAUGACUCCAAGGCUGUGAAGUUGGCCAAUCCUAAGACCAUUGAGUACCAGGUGGUUAGAACGACUCUUGUGCCCGGUAUUUUGAAGACUAUCAAGGAGAACAAGGACCAUUCUCUUCCCAUCAGGGUCUUUGAGUGUGGAGACAUCGUGUUGAAGGAUGACUCUGAAAGAGGAGCUUCCAACCAGAGAAACUGGUGUGGAGCCUAUGCAGGUAAAGGUUCUGGAUUCGAGUUGAUCCAGGGACUGUUGGGAAAGAUCAUGCAGACUUUCAGAACCCCAUGGUUGUCUGCUGCCGACUCCAAGACCGGCCAAAAAGGUUAUUGGAUCGAGCAGGACGACAGUGUCAAGAUGUUUUUCGCCGGUAGAGGUGCCAAGAUCAUGUACAGAGCCAAGUCCGACGCUGCUGCACAGAACAUUGGUGUGAUUGGUGUGCUUCACCCGGAGGUUUUGGCCAGAUUCGACCUGCCGUUUGCUGUGAGCUGUUCUGGCUCUGUUGGAGACGUCUGUUUCUUUUCUGCCUCCACUGCGUUCAGGUUGAAUCCUUUAUCCAUUGUUGAGGAGACUCUUUUACCGGACUUGUCCAGUUUGAACGGGCGGAACUCUGGCGACGAUGGCGUGGACGACUUGACCACCGUCAUGUUGAACGGCGAGGACGUUUUGCGUUCGCGUUCGCGUUGUUGUUCCGCUCCGUCGAAAGUUUGGCCCUGUGGCGGUGUUUUCAAGUUGAAUGUCUUUAGUUCCUCGUUUUGCGGCUCUGUUUCAGCUUGCAACGCGAUCUGUUCCACCUCUUUAGCCAGCUCGUCUACGUCAAAUAGUUCCUGUUUCUUCUCUUCCUCCUUGACGCCCUCCUCGUACAUCUCCCACCACUCCUUAUUCUUCUUGCCAAACAGCUUGCUGUACCACGAUUUGGACGGUUUUUUCGUGUCCAGCUUCUUGGACGCCUCCUCAAAGUCGUGCACAAGCUUGCGCUGUCUAUUGGUCUCUUGCUCGUCGGGCUGGUCGAUCUCCACAAACUCCUCGUUCAACACCUCCCAGCCCAUCUCCUUCAUCAGCUUGGGCAUCACUUUUCUCGAUUCUAUUAAGUCCUCCGCUGGUCGCACGGAACAAGUACCCGAGGAUCCAGUCCUUUUUCGAGUAACCGUUCACGAAACGGCCGCUCACAACAGAACACGCCAUGGUGAUCUGGUCUUCCUUGACCACGAACGGCGACCCGAACAGGUAAACGUUUUCGAUCAGGCCGUAGUCGCCUGUUUUCGCCAGGUCCAGCAGACAGCUGUAGAUCACACGAGCGCCCAGACUGAACCCGACCAGCGCCCUGUCCAGAGAAACGUUCCAGGGAUUGUCCAGCAGGUACCCCAGCUUCGACAGCAUCAUGGGCAGCUGCACGGCGGCCAUCAGGGCAAUCAGUACCGUGCUACCAAGAAUCUGCUGGAUCGACUGCGUCAAGAUCUCCGACGCAAGAAUGCCUAUUGUCUGUCCCAUACUGGUGAGCAUCUCCGGCUCCCACAGCAGCGAGUACAGGUCGCCCAUGACCGGGUCGACUGUGCUGAACGGCAGACGAACGUCGUCCAUUUUGCCCGACAUCCAGCCACUCACUGUGAGAAUCAGGUUCACACGAGCGUUGUUGUGCAACGGCUUGAACUCAAACGUGCUGACCGCGCCAACACGACGGCCCAUGCCGUUCUUUCCGAUCCGCAUGCCUGUGAGAACUCCCGUGGAGGUGAUGAUGGCGGUUCCUGCCGUUCCUGCAAGAAACCCAGACGUGCCGCCAAUGCCCACGGUGGUGAGUCCGGCGGCCAGGCCGGCUCCAAUGACGGGAGCCAGCAUGCCUGCGCUGAGCCCGAUCACGAGCCCGCCCGCCACGGUCGCAAACCCGAUCUUGACGAGCUUCUGGCGGCGGAACUUGCGCUUGUGCUCGGUCAGGAUGUCCUUCUCGUCCCAGAUCUGCGAGUUGUUGAGUCUGGCGAGCGACUCGUCCAUCUCGAGCGCGUCGGUGAUGCGUCGCUCGAACUGGAAGAUGUCCAGCUGGCUCAGGCCGAUCGACUGCGAAAACCGCAGCAGCAGCACGCGCGACCGCGAGUCGUAUGUGGACGACUCCAGCAGGAUCAGAAACAGGUCGCAGAUCAGCGUCCAGCGGAUAUCGAUCUCCAGCGUCGGCUUGGACGAGUCCAGGUCGAUGGCCUGCACCUGCUCGGUCUCCAGCUUGUUGGCAACGGUCAGGUUCGUGUUGAGCCAGCCAACCAGGUCGCUGGCCUCGAUGCCGUGGCAACUGAGCUUCUCGAUCAUGUCGCGUUCUUCGCCCUCGCGGAUGCCCAGAUGGUCGUACAACUGGCCCAUAACGCCCAUGCUCCACCGCGUGAACGACUUCUGCGCGGCCGCGUUCUUCUUCAAGAUCGUGGUGGAGCCGGAUCCGCGCAGCUGCGACAGCUCGAAAUGCAUCUUGAAGAUGAUCAGCUUGACCAGCGCCGCAUACGCCACCUUUUGCGGGUCGUCCAGCAACGCCUUGGUCGAGUACAGCUGCUCGUCGAUGUCGGACGCGCCAGACUCGAUCGUGGCGUCGAACCCGUCCUCCAACUCCCCGUCGCUCUCGUCCUUGUCCAAACGAGACUCGCUGUUGCGCAGCUUGCGCAGGUUCGAGUUUUCGUUCUGGAACAGAUAGUCAAACUUCUCGUUCAUCUCCAUAUGUCCGAUUGGUGCACCUGGGUGUCCAUCUCCUUCCACUCCUCGUCGUCGGACGACGAGCGCAGCGACGAGUCUGUUUCUGGCGGCAGAGUGAGGUCUGCCUCGUCGCUGUUGUGCUGCGGAGGUUCUGCGACGGCCGCGGGAGCCGCGAUGAUCGCGUGGUCCACCACGUUGACCACGUCGCCGCUGAACUGGAACUCCUCAAAGUCCAUUGCCGCGGAGCCGUGCUCGUGCUCGUCUCCCGGUUGCCCACUCAUCAAUAUGCCAACUAAUUAUAUCUACAUUAUUUUAGAGCUGCACAGCCAGAAAAAAAGAGCCAUACGGACAACUACACGCAACACUGUAGAAUUGCAGCUGGUACUCGUUCUUCUUCACAGAAACGAAUCUGAUCCAGUCUCUGAUCUGGUUCUUCUUGAGGUAUCUCUUGGAAAGGUACUUGAGGUACUUUCCGGAGAACUUGGUGGUGGACACAACAACAACCUUGGAGGCACCCUCUUGCGAAACAGUGAUGUCGGAACCGAGGUUACCAAGGUGUCCGUCAACCUUGAUGUGCUCGACAAGGUACUUGACGUAGGAGGCUGGGUCGAAAACACCGUUCUCGGUUGGGCCGGAGCAGUCAACGGUGAACUUCUUGGCGACUUUUUGGGACUUCUUGGUCUGAACAGUUAG